UCGCUGCCCAGCAGCUUGCGACAACCUUCGAUUUAACCCUAACCUAAUCAUGGGACAAUGUACAAUGACCAAUUAACCUACUAAGUGGUACAUCUUUAGAUUGUGGGAGGACUAUUACACUAUUACAGUGGCGCACUAUUACAAAGAUCGAUUCCUCCUUGGUUUUAAGUAAUUUGAAGGAGCACUGAAUCCGAAAUGAUAAUUUUAGAUCCUUUUUAAAAUUAGUCUAACAUAAAAAAAUUAUUCUUGUGUUCUAGGAAUUAUACCUGAAAUGUUGAGACUUGUUGUUGGCGAGCCUUAUCCUCAUGUUAUCACUACAUUCUCUUCAAGGGAACAAACACUUUUCAUUUCAUUCCUGCUUUAACAGUCAGUCUGGGGAGACAGUUUCCAAUGGCGAAGUAGGCUUUGGGAUUUUUAUACACCGGACCAUAGAAUGCAAGUACCAGUUCACUGGAUUGCAUAAAUGAAAUUGGCUCACAUCCAGUGAAAUCAUACAGCCACAUUGGUUUCUGGAACUGAGGCUCGUUUACAGAGGGAGACCUAGGCGUCUGCAGUCAUCUACGCUUCAGUAGUACGAAUGUGUCGUCUUUUAUACCUUUUUUUUGAAAGGCAACAGGGCUGUAGUUUGUCUUGCUGAAAGUGCUCAAAUGCUGACACAGUUGGAAUUCAUUUUUAGCAAUGUGGAAGGUUCUGGAUACCCUGGCAGCUGCUCCAUGAGAGGGUGAAACUAUAAAAUGGCUGUUCAAUGAUCAGACGAAAAACUUUAAAAAUAUGAUUGAAUUCAUGACACUAAGGGUGAGACUGGGAACAUUAAUGGCCAAGUCUGGAGAUCAGCUGGUCUUCUGAGUAAGUCAUGGGUAGCUGUUGUAGCUGUCCAGAUAAAGACACUGUCCCAGAUGACCAUCAAACAAAAUUUAAGGUGAUUAAUGUGGAUGAUGAUGGUAACGAACUGGGUUCUGGUAUAAUGGAACUUACAGAUACAGAACUGAUUUUACACACACGGAAGAGAGAUGCUGUGAAAUGGCCCUACCUCUGUUUGCGUCGAUAUGGCUAUGAUUCAAACCUCUUCUCUUUUGAAAGUGGCCGGAGAUGCCAAACUGGACAAGGAAUUUUUGCAUUCAAAUGUGCACGAGCUGAAGAGAUUUUCAACUUGCUCCAAGAUAUCAUGCAGUGUAACAGUAUAAGUGUAGUGGAAGAGCCAGUUGUAGAAAGAAGUGAACAGCAAAAUGAAUUAGACAUUCCAAGAACUCCACGGACACCUACCACUCCAGGUUUUGUUCAACCAAGUUUACCAAAUGGAUAUCCCAGGUAUCCGUCUUUCGGAGAAGGCUCUUCUCAUCCUUCAACACGACAUCCCUCUGUAGGCAGUGCACGUUUGCCCUCUGUGGAUGAAGAGUCAACACACCCUCUAAUAGUAUCGGAGGAACAAGUUCACACAUAUGUUAAUACCUCUGGUGUACAUGAAGAACUGAAAAACAGAUCGACUGUGCAAACAUCAUUGGAACUCCAACCCUUAAAUAGUGAAGCUAGCUUAAAUACAGAAGAUCAUUGCAAUUCAAUGGAAGAGAGAAACCCUCAAGUUGUAUUUGAACCCCAAGGGGUAAAAUUUGUUUUGGGACCAACUCCCGUGCAAAUGCAGUUGAUGGAAAAGGAAAGACAAGAGGCUUCUGGAAGUGAGCAGACAAAUGCUGGCAGCAGCAAUAACUGUAAUGAUUGGGACACUGGUUACGACAGUGAUGAGCGGAAGGAAGCAUCCUCUGCUAACAAGUUUGUGUAUGAAAAUAUUAAUGGCCUUUCAAUUCCCACUGCCUCUGGUGGCAGACGGAGUAGACUAAUGUCAAAUACUAGUUCAGAUGUACAGAAUAUCAACAACUCCGCUCAGAGGAGGACUGCACUCUUGAAUUAUGAAAACUUGCCUUCUUUGCCUCCAGUGUGGGAAGUACGCAAACUAAGUAGGGAUGAAGAAGAUAGUUUGGGACCAAAGACGCCAUCGCAGAAUGGUUAUCACACUAAUCUUGAUCAAAUGCACAACUAUGUUAAUACAGAGAAUGUAACUGUUCAGCCUAAUGUACACAAGGUUGAUUUUUUACGACAACUGGAUUGCUCCCCAAGUGUUUUUAAUUUUGAUAUAAGGCGACCAAGUCUCGAACAUAGGCAGCUGAACUACAUCCAGGUUGACUUGGAAGGUGGUAGUGAUUCGGAUAACCCACAGACUCCAAAAACACCCACUACUCCACUUCCACAAACUCCAACGAGGCGAACAGAAUUGUAUACCAUGAUAGACGUAGAAAAGACUGCUGCUAUGUCAAAUUUACAGAAAGCACUGCCAAGAGAUGAUGGAACUGCAAGAAAAACAAGACAUAAUAGUACUGACCUACCAAUGUGAGCCUGGGAAGUACUAUUUUGUUUAGUUGCACCUUUGUUAUAUAAAGACAUGUGGACUGAGAUUUCUCCUCUGAAAAUUAACAAUUCUUAAUAGACAAUGAAAUAAGGAAAAAAUAAUAGGAAUUGUGUUUUGAGCCUAACAUGUUUAUAUCAGUUAAAGGGAAUUCAUGUAGAGCAGGAACUCCAUAAAAGCACCCCCUUUGUUUUAUCAUUCUAUAGCCGAACUUAGUUUAUAGAUCAUUACUUUCUCCUUGCUAAUUACAUUCAACUGAAUUCUCCUUAGGAUGUUGUCAAAAUGCAAAUAUCUAAAAAUUUUGAUACUGGCUUUUCUUGUGUUUCUUACAGAACUUUGUGUAUUCUUUGCAGGCAAAUGACAAACCUAACUAAACUUAACUUCCGCAGUUUCUAUAGUGAUCAGUGUGUUUUUCAUUAGCCUAAACUGAUGCUGGUAUGCAACAUGUAUCUGUACUGAGAUUUUGCCAACGAAAAUCCAAGUAUAAGCAUGCACUUUCACCAGGUAAUAGUGUAACAUUGCUGAAGAUAUCAUGCAGUUUAUCCUUAAAUCUAAAAGGAAUUUAUUGUAGGACAUUAAGACUUGACAUUUGUGCCUUGGAGUGACUUCGUUUAAAUUCUUUGCUGUUGAAGCUGCUGCCUCUACGUGCAGUUCCUUUCGCGUCUUACUUCUGAAUGAAUAGGUUGCAAUCACGUUCUGAAAAUGAAACUGCAGUUUUCUCUAACUGUUAAUUAGUAUACUUCCGACAUGAUUAGAUGAUUGUCAUGUUAAACUUAAAGUAGGUAUCACAGUGCCAUUUUAAUAAUUGCAAAGUAAAACGAUAGAUACCACAAUUAUCAAUUAGCAAACUAUUAAAUACACUAAAUGAUAAAAACAUCUAAUGUUUCUUGGUUAUUUUUGUAUUGUACAAUACUGUAAAAUGUUCUAACAUGCAUUAUAAAAUGAUAAUCUCUUUCUACAUAUAGUUAUUGUAUAAAAGUAGUAAAAUAGUUCUAAAAUUAUUUUUACAUAGGACACAAAAUAGUAUAAACUCAGAUUGGGCACAUCCAUGCUUAAUUUUGUUGUAAAUUGUUUCGAGUUGCAGACAUUCCAUGUUUAUUUUUCCUGCAUUGAUCCUUGUCGUAACCCGGUAUAUUUUAUAUUCCAGAUAAAUAAUAGUAACAGAAAUUGCCAUGGUAUUUUUUUCUAGCAUUUCAGGUACUGAUGUAGUUUGUCAAAAUUGCUGGAUUUAUGGAAUGCCCGUAUGUUUGUCUGAGGUUGUCAAAUGUCAAAAGUGCCAAUAUAAUACAUUUUUGUAGCACGAAAAUGAUUUUUACAAACUUUAUAAUUGAUGCUACAGUUACCUGGUUUACAAAAGUCUUUUAGUUUUUAAGUAAAACCAAAAUUUUAAACAAAUCAUUGUUCACGUAUUUGGCAGCUGAUCGGAGAUUCAAAGUGUUAAUGGCUGUUGAAGUUCCCUGUGAAAUAAGCUGCAUCAUGAGAAAUGAACAAUGUAUUUAGCAUUGUACGAUUAAUAAACUUUUUUGCUGAAUAACAAUCUCUGAGAAUAAGUAUUUAUUUCAAUGCUCCAGUUUGGGCGUGGGAAAAACUAAAUUUUGGGGACAUAUUGGGCAAUUUCAAUUGAAGUUAGAGACUGAAUUGGAUGCAUGUCAGUUCUGAUGGAGUUUGCAGGUCACAACCUGAAUGAUUGUGAUGGUUCACUUCAAGAAGAGCUCAAUGACUUUUAUGCUCACUUUGAAAAGGGGAAUAAAGCUACACCUAUGUGGAUCCCUACCUCAUCUGGUGAUCUUGUAAUCUCUCUAGGAGGCCGAUGUCUGAACAUCUAUCAUGAGGGUGAACCCACGCAAGGCAUCAGGCUCUGAUGCUGUACAUAGCAGGGCAUGGCAACUGGGCUAACUAACUGACAGGACUAUUGAAGGUCUUAUUCAAUCUCACAGUUGCAGCCACAGGUUCCCACCUGCUUCAGAAGGGCGAUAAUCAUACCAGUGCCCAAGAAGAGCAGGGUGAGCUGCUUCAGCGAUUAUCACCCAGUUACACCCACAUCUACUCCAAUGAAGUGCUUUGAGAAGUUGGUUUAUGGCCAGAAUCAACUCCUGCCUAAGCAAGGACCUGGACUUGCUGCAGUUUGCCUGUCACCACAAUAGGCCUACAGCAGAUGCAAUCUCACUGACUCUCCACUAAGCUAUGGAUCACAUGGACGAUAGCAAUACCUACAUCAGACUGCUGUUUACUGACUACAGUUCAGUACAGAUAUCCUCAGUAGCAAUCAACAAAUUCCAAAACCUGGGUCUCUUUACCUCUUAAUCUCUUACUAUCUCUUCUUUCGGUUAGCCCUGACAAAGGGUCUUGGCCCAAAACGUCGACUGUACCUCUUCCUAUAGAUGCUGCCCGGCCUGCUGCAUUCACCAGCAAUUUUUAUGUGUGUCUCUUUACCUCCCUCUACAACUGGAUCUUCAACUUAUCAGAAGAGCACAGACUUGGUGGAUUGAAAAUAACAUCUCUCUGGUAACUAACAGCACUUCAAGACUGUGUGCUUACCCCAUUGCUCUACUCUCUCUACACCCACAAGUGUGUGGCUGGGCACAGCUCAGACACCACCUAUAAAUUUGCCAAUGACACAAUUGUUGGCAGAAUUUCAAAUAAUACGAGGAGUGGAGGAGUGAGGUAGAUCAGCUGGUUGAGUGGUGUCACAAAUGCAACCUUGCACUCGACGUCAGUGAGACCAAGGAGUUGAUGGUAAACUUGAGGGGAAGUCGAGGGAACACACACCAGUCCUCAUCGAGGGAUCAGCAGUGGAAAGGAUGAGCAGUUUCAAAUUCCUGGAUGUCAACAUCUCUAUUGAUCUAUCUUGGGCCUAACAUAUUGAUGCAAUUACAAAGAAGGCCCAACAGUAGCUAUAUGUCGUUCGGAUUUGGUGGAGGUUCAAUAUGUCACCAAAGAUACUUGCAAAUUUCUGUAGAUGUAAUGUGGAGAGCACUGUAACUAGUUUGCAGCACAAACUGGUGUGGAGAGGGCACUGCACAGGAUCAGAAAAAGCUGUAGCAAGUUGUAACAUCAGCCAGUGCCACUGUGGGCAUAGACUCCCCUCCACUGAGGACAUCUUCAAAAAGUGAUGCCUCAUAAAAGCAGUAUCCAUCAUUGUGGAUCCCCAUCAUUCAGGACACACCUUCUUCUCAUUGCUACCAUCAGAGAGAGGGUUACAGGAGUUUGAAUUCACUCAAAAAUUCAGGAACAGUUUCUUCCCCACUGCUGUUAAAUUUCUGAAUGGACAAUAUGUCACAUACACUACGUCACUUUUUUGUUUUCAUUUUGCACUACUUAAAAUGAAAUAGUUAAUUUUAAAAAUUAACUAUUUAUUGUCAUUUAGUUUUUUUCAUAUUGCAAUGCAUUGCUGCCGCAAAACAACGUAUUUCAUGAUGUGUUAUGAUAUUAAACCUGAUUCUGAAUCGGUGAAUUCUAAUGAUGUAGAUGAUGUACAUGUCAACAGGCUUCAUUCUUUAAUCCAGGGAGAGCCAUCUGAAGGAUUGCAGGCUUAAUUUAAGAAAUGAAUGAAUUUCUUAUUAUAACAAUUUGAUCCUCAAUACCUCACAAUAAGCAAAAAUUUAAAUGUCAUUCCUCUUCUUUCUUGGUAUAAGCUCAAAUGAAAUGGA